AUGGCCGAAUCAACACCCCACAAAGACUCGCAAGAGAAGAGGUCGAGUGUAGUCGAAGAAACAAACUUGCACACAGAGAAAUAUGACCCCGGUGCUCUCGAAGCCAAUUCACACUCACAUUCAUCCGACGACGACGACGACUCAACCAUAAACGAACAUGAAGCCCAAACCGGCUCAGACCUCACCCAAACACCAACAAACACCAGCGCCGUCGCGCGCACCCUCUCCGCCGCAUGGCUACAAGUCGCACUGGGCCACAUGAUCAUCUUCAACACGUGGGGGUAUAUCAACAGCUUCGGCGUCUUCCAAACAUACUACACCUCGACGCUAUCCCGCUCACCCUCCGACAUCUCGUGGGUAGGCAGUAUCCAGAUCUUCCUGCUCUUUUUCAUCGGGACAUUCUCCGGCCGCGCGACGGAUGCGGGAUACUUCCGCUUCACGCUGACGGUUGGCGCGACGCUGGAAUGCUUUUGUAUCUUCAUGACAUCGCUUUGUACGGAGUAUUGGCAGCUUUUUUUGGCGCAGGGAUUGGGGCAGGGGAUUGGGUGUGGGCUUAUGUUUUGUCCUACGCUUGCGCUUAUUUCGACGUAUUUUGUGCGGAGGAGAGGGAUUGCGUUGGGGCUUGUUGCUUCUGGGUCGGCGACGGGAGGAUUGGUUUUCCCGGCUGUUGUUAUGAAGUUGUUGCCGCAGAUUGGGUAUGGGUGGACUAUGCGGGUGUUGGGGUUGAUUUCGGUUGUUACGUUGGUUCCUUGUUUGCUGUUUUUUAAGCAGCGGUUGCCGCCGCGGAAGAGCGGGCCUGUUGUUGAGUGGGCUGCUUUUAAGGAGCCGAGUUAUUUGCUCUUUGCUGUGGGGAUGUUUUUGAAUUUCUGGGGUUUGUAUGUUGCUUUUUUUUACAUUGGCAGUUUUAGUCGGGAGAUUAUUGGCGUUGAUCAGACUACUUCGAUUGAUCUUUUGAUGGUUAUGAAUGGGGUUGGAAUCGUGGGCCGACUUGUGCCUAACUUUUUGGCGGAUCAGUUUACAGGUCCGUUGAAUCUGUUGAUUCCGUUUAGUGGUGCGACGGCUUUGGUGGCUUAUUGCUGGGCUGCUGUGAAGGAUAUGUCUGGGUUGUGGGCGUUCGCGGUGUUUUAUGGUCUGUCUGCCGCUGGUAUCCAGUCGCUUUUCCCUGCUACGUUGAGUACGCUUACAACGGAUUUGAAGAAAACGGGCGUGCGGAUGGGGAUGGUUCUUAGUGUUGUUGCGGUGGCUGCUUUGAUCGGUUCGCCUAUUGCGGGUGCGUUGGUGCAGCUCGAUGAUGGGGGAUAUCUGUACGCGCAGAUGUUCAUGGGCAGCGCAAUCAUUGCAGGGACAUUGACUUUGAUCGCGGCGAGGAUUGUCAAGGUUGGUACCGGCCUUGCUCGUGUGUAA